UGCUGCUGCGCCACCCGGUGGUCAGACGCGCUAACAGCUUGUGCUCUGUGCUCAGCAACACAGUUAAAGAUGGCGGCUGGAGUCCUUCAGCGAGCCGGUGGAGGCUUGGCUCGGGCUAAAAGCAGGGCCCUCUCGGUCGGACAGCUCGUCCUCUGGAGCAGGGGGUUUGAAACAUCAAGCAACAGAAACCGAGAGGACAGCUGGUUUAAAUCACUGUUUGUGAGGAAAGUCGACCCCAGGAAAGAUGCGCACUCCAACCUACUGACCAAGAAUGAGGAAAGUAACCUCUAUAAAAUUCAGUUCCAUAAUGUCAAGCCAGAGUUUCUGGAUGCAUACAACAAACUCUGUGAAGAUGUUUUGCCCUCAAUCCACGCUGAUAAGUACUACCCCUGCGAGCUGGUGGGAACCUGGAAUACCUGGUAUGGAGAACAAGACCAGGCUGUUCAUCUGUGGCGUUACAGAGGUGGAUACCCAGCCCUGACAGAGGUGAUGAACAAGCUGAGGCAGAACAAGGAGUUCACAGCGUACAGAAAGGAGCGGGGUAAGAUGCUGUUAUCUCGCAGGAAUCAGCUUCUUUUGGAGUUCAGCUUCUGGAACGAGCCCGUGCCCCGAGAUGGUCCCAACAUCUAUGAGCUCAGGUCUUAUCAGCUCAGACCAGGAACCAUGAUCGAGUGGGGUAAUUACUGGGCCAGGGCCAUUGGAUACCGCCAGCAGAACAGAGAAGCUGUGGGAGGGUUUUUCUCACAGAUCGGCAACCUCUACAUGGUUCAUCACCUCUGGGCUUACAAAGACCUUCAGUCCCGGGAAGACACGAGAAAUGCUGUCUGGCAGCAGGAGGGCUGGCACGAGGUGGUGUAUUACACAGUGCCUCUCAUUCAGUACAUGGAGUCCAGGAUUAUGAUUCCGACAAAGGCUUCACCGCUGCAGUGAAAUGAGAAGCUGAAAUCAAGUGGCACCCUUUCAAAUGUUACAUUCAUCAAGAGCGACGCUCCCGAGUCUGACCUCCUGUUAGUGCUGCCAAACAACAUCCCAUCCUAUUUCUUGUCUUCUUUGCUUUAUUAUUUCAAGAUGUCAGGGCAGUGGAGGCAACAAUGCCUACCAUGCACCGCUAUUCAAAAUGGUCCAAGUCACUCAGUCUUUGACGCAUGACCUUUUUUUUUUUUUUCUUUUCUUUUUCCUCCUGGUUCUGGAGCAGGAGUAAUUUGGCCAGUUCAUGCCUCCUCAUGGUUGUUACGUCCAGCAUCUUGUGCCACAUUAAAACCGUUGUAUGAAACAUUGUCUAAGUUAAGAACCAACCAAAGUUACUUGGGGAAGAAAAAAAAAAAAA